AAAACCAGCGUCCUCGCGCGCACACAUGGUUGAGAAGAUUAAGGAACAAGACUCAGGCUUUUGGCAAAAACCCCUAAAUUCAGCUGCCAUCGUCUGAUACCAGAAACCGUAAAAUAUAAACCGCCACUUUCAGCACGACCCUUAACCGACAACACAGAGAGAAACAGGGAGAGAGAGAGAAAGAGAAAGAUGAAGGAAGAGGAAGAAGGACCCCCUAAUAGGGCACUGUAUGCACUGCUUCACAUAUCACCGGAGGCUUCCGAUGAGGAAAUCAGAAAAGCUUACAGGCAAUGGGCCCAAGUUUAUCAUCCUGAUAAAUACCAAGCUCCUCAUAUGAAAGAUACUGCUACAGAAAACUUUCAACGGAUAUGCCAAGCAUACGAGAUACUGUCGGAUGAGAAUAAAAGGAAGAUAUAUGACAUUUAUGGUAUGGAAGGGUUGACUUCUGGUUUGGAGCUUGGGACAAAACUGAAUAAAGCAGAAGAGUUGAAGGAAGAACUUGAGAGGUUGCGGAAACUGAAGGAACAAGAGAAGGUCUCAGCACAUUUCCGACCUUCUGGUACAAUAUUGGCCAAUAUGUCUUUGCCACACCUUUUGCAUGGUCAUGGCAUCAUGAGAGGGAUGGCUAUGACAAGUUCAGUCCAGUCUCAGAUAUCAAAGCACAAUACCCUUUCAAUUGGUGGAAAUUUGGCAGUUAAUGGGAAUUCUGGCGGUGGAGCUGCUACUAUAGUUUUUGGGCAUCGGCUUUCUUCAGUUUCUUCAAUAGAAUUCAUAGGUUCUGCUGGUUUACGGUCACUUAUUGGGGUGCAGACAUCUCGUAACAUAUCAUCGCAUUUAACUGCAACAAUGGGACUUUCAAUGUCUUUGAGGGAUGGUUCACUGAAUCUCUCCAAUACCUGGGUGCGACAACUAUCUGAAACUGCAAGUGGUAAUAUACAGCUUGCUUUAGGUUCAGACUCAGCUGUUUCAGUAGGAUGGCGAAAGAAAAACCAGAAAUUGUCUGCUGCUGGGGAGCUGAAGUGUGGCAUAGAUUCCUUUGCGGCAUCAGCUCAUUAUAAUCAUCGGUUUUCGUCAAAGUCUCAUGGUCGUAUUGUGGGGAAAAUUGGAAGCAAUGCCCUUGAGGUUGAAGUUGGUGGGGGGAGAAAGCUAUCAAAUUUCAGCACUGUUCGCAUGUUGUAUUCAAUUGGAAUUCAGGGUAUAUUUUGGAAAUUCGAAUUGCACCGUGGGGGCCAAAAGUUAAUCAUUCCUAUUUUGCUUUCUAGGCAUUUGGAUCCUGUGUUUGCAGCCGGAGCAUUCAUAAUUCCAACAUCAGUUUACUUCGUACUCAAGAAAUUCGUUUUGAAACCUUAUUACCUUAAGAGGGAAAAGCAGAAGGCUUUAGAGAAUAAGGAAAAAACUUCUGCACAGGUUCUGGAGGCAAGAGCAGCAGCAGACAAAGCUCAGAAGUUACUACAGAAUGUAGCGAAUAGGAAAACAAAUAAGCAGCUAGAAAUAGGGGGUCUGGUAAUCACAAAAGCAUUGUAUGGGAAUCUCAAAGCUUUGAAGAAAAGAGAUGAACCAGUAGAAUCAAAUGAUUCACCGGUCAUUGAUGUUAAAUUGCCUCUAAAUUUCCUUGUCAGCGAUUCUGGACAACUGCAGCUUCAUGAAGGCGUAAAGAAGUCUGGUAUUAUGGGCUUCUGUGAUCCAUGUCCUGGAGAGCCUAAACAGUUGUACGUGGAAUACACUUAUGGUGACGGGAGAUAUGAGGUUACCGUUGACGAUUAUGACAAGUUGGUAAUACCUCAGGAAGAGCACAGAAUUUGAUUUCCAUUUCAUUAUGUCUAAAUCUGGGCUACAUUCGCUUACCUUUACCUAUCACAGUUUUGAAUGUAUUUACAAGCCUCUGAAACCUAAAUUUUGUCCCCAAUGGAAAGGCAUCUUAAUUGGAUUUCCACCUCUUUUUUUUCAUUACAACCGCUCCUUUUUAUCUUUUUCAUCGAAUUUUGUUUCCUCUAGUAUUAAACCUUGAUAAGAAUAGAAAUAAAGGCCGCCUUUUUUUACUGUUAAUA